AAUAGUGUUUUAAAAAAAACACUCAAAUAUCUGAAUCGAUGGCUCAAACAAUGUUGCUAAUGUCUAGCACUGGUGGUCAUGCAUUGAACUUGAAGAGAGAUCACCCUUUGCUCCAUUUCCAAGCUCAAGGACUAAAGCCUAAACCCUUUUCUCAUUUCUUGUUCACUCCACUGUCUAAUGGUGUUAAUACUCCAUUUAAAGCUUUCACCACUUUUGCCAUCUUUAAAGCAAAGACCAAAUCUGCUCCUAAGAAGGUUGAAGCAAAGCCAAAGCCAAAGGUUGAAGAUGGGAUCUUUGGCACCUCAGGAGGGAUUGGUUUCACCAAGCAAAAUGAGCUCUUUGUGGGACGUGUUGCCAUGAUUGGUUUUGCUGCAUCGUUGCUGGGUGAAGCAAUAACAGGGAAAGGAAUUCUAGCACAGUUGAACCUGGAGACAGGAAUUCCUAUUUAUGAAGCAGAACCCCUUCUUCUCUUCUUCAUUCUUUUCACUCUCCUUGGAGCCAUUGGAGCUUUGGGUGACCGAGGUCGUUUCGUGGAUGACCCUCCUACAGGGAUUGAAGGUGCAGUUAUCCCGCCGGGGAAAGGCAUUAGGGGAGCACUGGGUCUCAAAGAAGGAGGUCCAUUGUUUGGAUUCACAAAGGCAAAUGAGCUUUUUGUUGGAAGAUUGGCUCAGCUGGGGAUUGCUUUCUCAUUGAUAGGAUAAAUUAUUACAGGGAAAGGAGCACUGGCACAACUUAACAUUGAGACUGGAAUCCCCAUUAACGAUAUUGAACCCCUUGUGCUGUUCAACGUCGCUUUCUUCUUCUUUGCUGCUAUAAACCCUGGGACUGGUAAAUUUGUCACUGAUGAAGAGGAAGAUUAGAUGCCUAUUCUCGUUUUAUAGGCAAAUUGUAAAGCUUGGAUUCUUCUUCUUGUCCCAUCAAUGGAAUUUUCUUCACUCAAUUGGG